GAUCCUCGGGCUUCAGAGAUCCUGGAAGCAGCCAGAAGUAUGCAGCACACCCUGAUGGGAUCUGCAGAGAUUCCCCAGCUGUAUUGGAAGGAAGCGAUCUAUCAGGAUGUGGUCUUGAUGGAAGAGUGUCCCUAUGCAUUGUCUCUGCUUCGCUUCCUGCGCUGGUGUCAGAAGCUGGUGCUUGAGCGAUCUCCAGAAAUGACAGGCUCUACGGAGCUCUUUGCCGUGCUCUUUGAGAAUCCUUUUUCGCUGACGCCGGGGGAGGCAUUGCCAUCCCUGGUGAACUCGCGCUUCUUUGAGGAAUUUUGGCCGCUGAUUGGUUUGGUCUCCUCCCGUCACGCUGAAGCCCUAAGCAAGCUGGACCCCCAGCAGACGUUGCGUCAAAGUCUGCGCUGCGAUCCGGGGGAGGUGGAUUGGCCAAAUUACCUCGCGAAACUUCAAGAAGAGCCUCGGGGUUCCCUGAUUUGGUUUGACCUCCCUGGCGUUUCGGAUUAUGAGGAGCAGUUUGGCGAGAAUCCUGGCAAGAUGUUGGACUGCCCCAUGGGCGCCAUGACGUCGACUUUGGAAAAACUUCUGAUCAUGCAGGAAUUCUACACGGAGGGUUACGGCCUCGUCGCAGAGGAAGUGGCACUGCUGUUGGAUCAACUGGAACAGCUCGCAGAACGAGUUGGGAGAUCCAGUUUGGACUUCUUCUUCCUCUCUGAGUGGCCAUUCUGGGAUAAGUUAGCGCAUUUGCACGAACGUGCCACAAAGCGUCGUCUUCGCUACGACUUGGAGUUCCAUCCCUGGGAGCUCCUUGGCGAAGUGCCAGAUCGACCGGGCCGACGACGUCCGUCCAUCGCAGCGCUCCGGUGGCAGUUGCCGAGCUCCAGCCCACUGCAGCGGCAGAUUCUGCUGGCCUUGGAAGAGCUUUGGGACCACCGGGACCGCGAUGGAGCGCCGGCACCGCCAGUGCUGUGCACGCUGCUGUGGGGACAACGCCUGGCGAAGUAUCUGCGAUUUCAGGUGCAGCGCCUUGAAGCCUUUGGUUAUGGACAUCAAUACCUUGUCCUUUGUGACGCGGUUGCUUGCAACGAGUGCCGCCGUGUGCACUGGAAGUCGCUGUGCGUGGAAAUGCGACAGCCUUCCUUGUUUAGCAAGCACACUAUGAUAACAUCUAUACUCAGACAAGGCUUCGAUGUCUUCUACCUGGACUUUGACACUGUAUUGCUGCAAGAUCCACUUCCUUCGCUGAAAUCGCGCAUGGAUUUGGCGGAGACCCAAUUACUGGUGAGUCGAGAUUUUGGGACCGAGUGUCUCAACACGGGUGUGAUUUUUGCCAAGUCGCAUCCUUUGACUGUGGCCUUUUGGGAGAGGCUGCUUCUGUGGCUUUGGCACCACCCGUUCGAAUUCACCCAGAAGGCCUUCGCAGCGCUGCUGGGCGUCGAACGUGUGGCACUCCACGGCAGCUUGGCAGAGCCGCAGCUGCCGCAGCUGCCGCACUGGGGGCUGCUGGAUCCACAAAACGCCUUUGUGACCAGCAAGGUGUAUUCCAGCAACGGAGUCCACUUUGAAGGUUGGACAGGUGACCUGGAAGAGAUCGUGGUCUUUCACUUCCUGGACGGCUCAGGCAGCGUGGAACAGAACAACUCCAUCAGAGGUUACAAGGAUCUCUUUGAGGUGUUUCUCUCUAAUCCCAAAGUGAAUCUGUCUGACACGCGUAUCCCGCUCUAUGACCAAGAUCCUGUGGUGAGAAGUGAGUUGUUGUGGAGCAGGCAUGAUGCAGCACCUCAGGAACUCUUGAAAUGUCGAUUGGUGAACAUGUGA